CUGGCCUGAUUCCCUCCAUUCCCGGUGCCUAACACUCUCCAGAGCGAGCCGGAAGUGAAACCUGGAACCAACCGGGGUACCGGCCGCGAUGUUGCUGAAGAUUCGACCGGUUCGGAAAACUCCGCCCCCGCACCUUUGCGCCGUCGAGGACGUAGCGCUAAAAAUUGCUUUGAUCGUCGCCUAUCCUUACGAAAUAAGACGAAGAACAAUGUCUAUACAUACCUACAUACGCUGAGCUCUUUUAGCUAUGUGAGUGAUGAUGCCGGGGACAUCGUCCCGCAUAGUUUCAUCAACCCUCAUUACAACCUCGUCCCGUGCUCGCGGAGGAUUUAAGCAUGAGCAGAUUCACGGAAUAUUGCGAGUGGAUUGUUACGGCCCGGAAAUGCCUGGAUGGGGAACCGCCUCCCGGUCACCUGGCGAAGUUCCGGCUAGGCAGACUAGUCCAGUUUCCACUGCGCGGGAUCGAGCCGUCCCGCCGCGUGGCCCAAUUCUACCAGGAGCUCCUAGGCGAGAUCGAGCAGUCCAGGUUGGAUGACACGCGAAAAAGACUGUAUAGGAAGUUCACCAGAAGGGUCGUCGCGGCCCACGUUGCUGUCGAAGAAGUCAAAGUACCCAUCGGGACGGUCUCGAAUCUUCGGAAAGCUCUAGCUCGCCUCUCCGCCGCACUCAACCUGAUCAUCACCCUCAAAGACUACGACGACGAGCACCCCGUCCACUGGUCAGAAGUCUUCCCGACCGAGAGCAUGCCGCUCAAAUCCUCUCCCGAUAGACUUUGGCAUGACUUUAAGCUGGAGAGCAUCCGGCCGUGUCUGGUGUGCCUGGUGCGGAUUCUGCGGCUCGUGCUUCCCGACUUCACAGAUAUGUGGGACGAAUGCGAAGCGAGUUUGACGGGAAAGCAGUGGAUCUUGCUGUUCGUUCUCGACUCCCCAAAGUCCCAGAAGAGAUCGACCUCGCCGCGCCUACUGAAAGGGAGCGAUCUACUAGCGGUCCGGGCCGACAUGCCAACUUAGGCCCUUAUGCCGCAGCCCGAAAAGACCGAGGCUUGGCGAGUUAGCCAGCUCGCGUCAACAGAUGCAGUGCAGCAAGUUGCGAGAAUCGGAUCCAGACUGCGAUAGUUGCUGAUCGAGGUUGGAGCGGGUAGACGAAUCGAAUGAGCGAUGACGGAUAUGGCGAGUUAGGAGGCUCGUACACCAUCUGCGGCCUACCCCAUAUCUAACCCCCCCGUCUGGCC